AUGGCUUCAUCAUAUACAAACCCACCAAUGAGGGAUGUGAUACUGCCACCACUAGCCAGAGCUGCUUCGCCGCCGCCGCUUGCCAGAGUGACGACGCCGCCUACUAGAGAGGUGACACCACCUGCUAGAGUGAAGACGCCGCUUAUCAGAGAGGUGACACCGCCUGCCAGAGUGACGACGUCGCUUAUCAGAGAGCCGACACCGCCUAGUAGAGAGGUGACAGCGCCUGCCAGAGUGAAGACGCCGCUUAUCAGAGAGGUGACACCGCCUGCCAGAGUGACGACGUCGCUUAUCAGAGAGGUGACACCGCCUGUCAGAGUGACGACGCCGGCUACCGGAGAGGCACCGCCGCCAGCCACACAGGUGACACCACCUGUCAGAGAGGUAACACUGCCUGCCAGAGAGACAUAA